UGAUUUUUAGGGUUCACCGUUCAGAAGGAGCGCUCGAGCCGGGAAAAUCGGGGGACCAGGCAAGAAGUAGCUCUGGAGCCCGUAUAACGCCGGAGGUUCCUGCAACUGGGCUACAGUGAAUCCACCAAAUCCCUGGCUUCAAACCCGGAAUGAGGAAUUUGAUGCAUGCAUGAAAAUCUGAGCCGGAUGCAACACUGCUGACCUCUUUAGUAAUUCCUCACCGUAUGAUGAGAAGAGGAGAAUGACAGCAUCCAAAUGUGUUUUGUUCUGAUAAUGGUGGUGGCACCGAAAUAAACGGGUCGACCGUGGGCACAUGGUUUUGGACUAAAGGUUUUGUGCUUUAUCGAAACAUUUCGGCGGUAUAAUGCAUUUGAAAUGUCACAGGAGUAAGUCUUUAUGGGCUACUCUGGGGGUGCUGGUUUUGUGUUGGCUCUACAUCUUUCCAGUAUACAGGAUACCGAGCGAAAAGGAGAUGGUGGAGGAGGUUCUGCGGCAUGGACAAACGUUUACCAGAAACCAAACGGGAAUCGAUCUGUACAGGAAGUUACUCACAGAAUGCUGCAACCCAAUGCGGAUGUUUGCAGUGACGAAGGAGAACUCACCAAUUGGUAAAGUCCUGUGGUAUGACGGAGAGCUCCACCAUUACCACACGGUCAACAAUGAGACCUAUCCUUUCUUUGUUCAGGAUACACCAUUUCAGCUUCCUCUUAAGAAGUGCUCUGUGGUGGGCAAUGGAGGGGUCCUGAAACACAGCAGCUGUGGAGGUGAAAUUGAUCAGGCUGACUUUAUUAUGAGGUGUAACCUACCUCCACUAUCCAAAGAGUAUACAGCUGACGUAGGUACCAGAACACACCUGGUGACAGCUAAUCCUAGCAUCAUUGAAAAAAGCUUUCAGAAUCUACUUUGGUCCCGGAAGGCUUUUGUAGAGAGCAUGAAGGCUUACGGUACCAGCUACAUCUACAUGCCAGCGUUCUCCAUGAAGCCUGGCACUGACCCCUCCCUGCGGGUGUACCACACCUUGGCAGACUCUGCAUCCAACCAGACUGUUCUCUUUGCCAACCCGGACUUCCUCAAAAACGUUGGUAGAUUCUGGAAGAAUCACGGUGUCCACGGCAAACGGCUUUCCACAGGGCUGUUUCUAGUGAGCCUUGCACUCGGUUUGUGUAAAGAAGUGACUGCUUACGGUUUCUGGCCAUUUUCCGUGGGCCUGGAUGAACAACCGGUCAGCCACCACUAUUAUGACAACGUCCACCCCACCUCAGGAUUUCACGCGAUGCCUGAGGAGUUCCUACAGCUCUGGCAGUUGCAUAAGAGCGGCACUUUGCGUAUGCAUAUUGGAAAUUGUGCAAAAUAGGGGGAGGAACCAAAGAAAAAAGGGUGAAAGUGAGUUGUGAGUUUACACCCCACCCCCCAAAAUGGUAUUUUCUAUAUAAAUGCUUGACCCCUAUAUAUGUGCACAAGAACACUGAUCUGCUACCAAACCUACCUUCUUGUUGCCAAGGAACUGUUGAAAUGACUUGCAUGUAUACCCAUCCUCAUGUAUGUACUCACUGCAAGCUUUUAUUGUCCUUCAAUAGAGGUGGUGGGAGUGAUGGGAAGUGAUGGGGACUCCGUUGUCAUGUCACCUACUAAAACGGCAUCCACCGGCCGUUGGACCCUUAAACCCAGAGGCCAUUUGUUCUUGUAACAUAAAAAUGGGU